AUGGAAUCUGCCACCGGAAAUUCACAAAAUUUAACUACAGCCGCCGCCGCCACCACAUCCGCCUCUAAUGCAAAUACUUCCACUUCAUCUGCGUCCAUUUCUACUACAUCUUUAAGCUCUGCCUUAUCCCUUACCACAACUGCCUCUCUGACACAAAGCUCAACGGCGGCUUGUUCUACUGUCAGUGCUUCGCCGGCUUCCAUAAGUAGCACUAGCAAUUUGACCGCUACAGGAAAUUUACCUUCUGUCACAUCUGCCGCCUUAGUUGCCGCUGCUGCUGUUGCUCAUCAUCAUCAUCAACAACAACAGCCACCACAUCAUACAUCUUUAUUGCAAAUUUUACCCUUGGAUACUGGCAACAAACAUGAUGACAGCAAUAAUCUGUCUUUAGCCAGUGGCUUAUCUGAAGGUCAACGUUCUUUGUCAGCCGCACCGUCGGCUUCUUCAAGUCCCAUUUUAAGUCCACCGGGUAAAUUGUAUGGACGGAAUGCCAAUGGUACAAUGGUGGCUACUUCCCGUCCUGGCAAUGAAGCUGAAAUACAAUUAUAUCGUGUUUUACAAAAAGCCAGUUUAUUGGCUUAUUAUGAUACUUUGUUGGAAAUGGGUGGUGAUGAUGUACAGCAAUUGUAUGAAGCUGGCGAAGAAGAGUUUUUAGAAAUCAUGGCUUUGGUAGGCAUGGCUUCGAAACCUUUACAUGUCAGACGUUUACAGAAAGCUUUACAUGAAUGGGCCUUAAAUCCCUCACAAUUCCAACAGGGUCUGUCUAGUACUACUGCUCAAUUUGACACACCCGCUAAACCGCCCACCAUGUUUAAUUUGGAAGCCCCUUUAACUGCCAGUGCAGUACGUGCCAAAUUCCCUGCCUUUAAUGCUGCCGCCCCUUUUAAUCCCACUCCCUUAAUUAACACUCAUACCCCAGUCUCUUCGGCUCAUUUGUUAACACAAAUUUGCUCUCUGCCCUCUCUGCCUGCUCAUAAUCCCUCCGCACAUAUUUUACCCCCCACUACACAUAUACACAAUCCCGAAAGACCUUUGGCCUUAGCUCCUAAUCCCACCUUGCCUGUGGUCUCUAAUACUGCUCAUCAGGUAACCUCUAGCUCUCCGCAAUUGACUCCCGUAUUAAGUGAAAUGCAAGUAGCUCGCAUUACUCUAGGAGCUGAGAAAAUAGCCGCUCAAUUGCCCCGUCGUGAGCCAAGAGCUCAUACCUCCAAGAAACGCACUAGCCGUGAGCUGGAACAAGUAAUUGCCAUGAGCGAAAAUGAUCCUCGUCGUAUGGAUGAAAUUCGUAAGUAUUCCGCCAUUUAUGGUCGUUUCGAUUGCAAACGUCGCCCCGAAAAACCCUUGACUUUGCAUGAGGUAUGUGUCAAUGAGGCUGCUGCUCAAUUGUGCCGUUUGGUCCCCGCUCUCCUAACACGUCGUGAUGAACUUUUCCCCUUGGCUAGACAAAUCGUUAAAGAUGCUGGUUUUGGCCACUCAGCCACUAUAGCUCGUUAUGGUAAUUUACUUUCACAAAUGUCUCAGGCUCAAACUUCUACUCCACAAACUCGCUCCGUAACCGCCAUGCUGGAUUGUGAGUCGAGUGAUACAAAUAUGACACCCUCUAAGAGACAACGUUUGUCUUCCUCGGAUGCUUCUUUGAAUAAUUCCGACAGUAAUCGGGAUUCCUUGGAAGAUCCACGUUAUAAUCUAUUUGCCAUGUAUCAGAAAUUUGCGGCAAAACCACCUUUUGAUUUGGCGGAUAUAGCAAAAUUUACGUAA